CGCGUGUGAACCGAGUCAUUCUGGGUAAUUAAGGUGUUUACAAGCAACAGGCUGCAGCUAACUGGCUAACUAACUAGCUAACUAACUAGCUAGUUAGCUGGUUGAUACUGGUGACGUUAGCUUGUCCUCACUGGAGCAUGGUUGUAAUAGAAAACACAGUUAGCUUGUGGUGCUAGCUUGUGGAUGCUAACCUGGUUAAAGUCAUGUUCCUUUAGCCGAGGCAGACGCCGCCAUGUCAGGUAACAGCCUCCCACCGGUGAGCCACCUGCCGCACUGGACCCGGGUCGGGCGUCCCGGGAAACCGCGACGUUUACCGGCGGCGAACCACCACCACCACAACCACCUGCAGCCUCUCCCCGGUGUCCCGUCGGCGCAGAGGGAAGCGGGGAGAGCGGCGGAGCUGCCCGGUCACAGCGACCCGGACCCCCGCGUCGCCUCGCUGCAGAAGAACAUCCAGUUCCUGCAGCGGCAACACAAGGAGACUCUGGAGAGGCUGCAUGCGGAGAUCGAGUAUCUGAGACGGGAGAAUAAAGAGUUGCAGUAUAAGAUGAUAAUGGAGCCUCCCAAAUCAAGUAGAAAAGGACCGACACAUAGUCGCCGAGGCGUUCGACCGCCCACUCAGGGAAGAGAAGCUCAUACAGGACUCUACCUGGAGGAGCAGCUACAGGACACGCGACCAUCACAGGACCAGGCACUCAGCACUGCAGAGGGCAGUGAAAUCCUGGGAUCAACCAGGCCAGACUACGGCCCAGAGGUGAAGGGCGGGCUCAUCACUUCAUUACAGCCUCUUCGAAUUCACAGAAGCACCUCUCAUCCGCCGCGUGCUCCCACACUACAGGAGUGUGAGGUUAUCAUCCGGCAGCUCUACAGCGCUAACAGUCUACAGUCUCAGGAAAUUAUACGUGUGAAGGCUCUGCUGAGAGAUAUUGUCUUGAGCAAGAAAAUCACGCCAGAAAACUACAUUCUGACCAAGGCCUACCUUGUAGACGGCACUCGCAAAUCAUCUGAAGAAAAGAAAUUUCCAAAACUUAGUCUUCAGACAUAUCCAGAAAAAACGUCUGAACCCUCUCACUCUGGUGUAGUCCUCCCAGCCCUCAAGCAGAGCCUCAGCUCCACCGUCGCAGAAAGACAGAGGAGAACUCGUGCUGUGCAGAGAGACCGUUUUAAAAGGACUGUGCACUGACGAGAUCAAAACCACCACAGCAUCACGUCAUCCUCGGGACUGGGGUUUUUCAGUCUCUCCAAAACAAACCUUCCUAUCCAGUGAUCCAGUGAUUGCACAAUGAGUUUAUGUAUAAGGAAAUGUACUUAUAAGGUACAGGUAAUGUGAAAAACUAAAUGUCUAAAAAGCUUUUAGUUCUGCACACAAGAGGAGAAAUAAUGUCUCAAUUCUAGCUUUGUACUGGAGAUAAUUUAUGUAUUUAUUUAUUCAUUUUCACCAAACAAUGACAACAUCAGCCUUAGAGAGGACUGCUCAUUUGAACUAAGUCAAAUAUUAGUUAAGGUUUAUUUGGGUUUUCACCGCACAUUUGCUGUAAUUCUGCCAAAUUUGCAGAAUUACUGUAUUCCAGUGUAGAACUGAUGACUUGUCACUUUUAAAACAAACUUAAAAGUAUUAAAAACAGCGCAGACAACCAAAGUAUAAAGCCUCCAUGUUUAAAUAAUGAGACAUGAAAUGAAUAGGCUUAUUUCUCAGGCAUUUUUGUACUGGUCAACACUGUGUGUUUAGCAGUGGCAAGUCCUCACUGGGCAGGUAUCACCAGUCAUGCACCUGCAGUUCAACUGAGCAAAAUGAACACAGAAAACUCUAAUAAAUUGUCUGAAUACAAAAUAGCCUUGUGUCUGUGGUUUUCCUCCCAGACUGAUGCCACUUUCAGCAAAUAAACAAAGCUUGCAAUUGGUGAUCAUUAACUGAUUUAUUUAUACUUGGUGGGUGUGAUGGAUUCUGUAUUUUGUA